AUGCUGAUGUUCAGCUCCCACUUCAGGUCCUGGGUGAUGAUGGUGCCCAGGAAGCGUAAAGGACUCCACAGAGUCCACAGGGGAGUCACACGGGGUCACCUGUCGUUCAAUCUCCCAUCUCUUAUCCUUUAUUCCUUUACAGCCAACCUGGAGAACAAAGACUCUGAACUGAGUGAGGAGCUGGAGACCACUGGCAGUCAUCUGGAGUCUCUAAAACAUGAGCAAGAUGAACUGCUGCACCUCCUGAAGAACCAGAGGUUUACGCCGGCUGAUGUCGAGAGGAUCAACAGAGAGAAGAGAGAACUCCAACAGACCAUCUCCAGUCUCAGCAAGUCUCUUGAAGACGCUGAGCAGCACAAGUGGAAUGAGGAGAUCGCUCUGGCCAAAGUGAACGAGAAGGCGGAGUUGAAGGUAGCAGAGUACCACAAGCUGGCACGUAAACUGAAGCUGAUACCACUGUCUGCAGAGAACGCCUGUGGUCAUGAUUUUGAGAUCAGGCCGUUUGAAUGUGGACUCGGCAUGGUUCAGCAUAAAGCGCAGACACAGAUGCUCCUCAGAAAGCUCGUCAGUGACGUGGAGGAGGAGAACAGUCGAUUAGCCAACAUGAAACUCAGUCUGGAGGAGUCUAGUGAACAGGUGAAUUCUAACAUCUUGGACAAGUCCAAUGACCUGAAGCAGCUGAGAGAGCAGAUCCGCAAGGUGGAUGAACGGUUGGAUUCCGACAUGCAGGAGCUGGCCCAGGAGGAACAGGACUGGGCAGCAGAGAUGGAGUCAGUGGAGAACCAUCGUAGGCUUCUUGAGAAGAAGGUUAAUUAUGGAUACGACGAGUCAGUGCAACAACUGAAGGCAGCGCAACAACAGUACCACCUGGUGCUGCAGGAGACCAAUGAGGAGAGGCGUACAGUAGCAAACAACCUAGCGUCUGUAUUUACUACAGCUGCUAACCACUUGUCAAUCACAGAGAAGUGCAUGGAGGAUCUUCACAGCAGAGUGCAGCGUGUUUGCUCUAAGGCUGUGGAAGAGGAUGAAGCUGUUGUGCAGAAGCUGAGGGAAACUUUGAAGACCUUCACAUCCAAAGCAAACAGUUUGUAAAGUGAGGCGUGAGGGUGGGGGCCUUUAAGUCGGCAGAUAAUUUAAGAGACAAUGGGUGGGGGAGUUUUUCCUGUCAUUUGUGUUUUUUUAGAAUGAAUCUUGAGAAAAGAAAGAAACGUAACACAUUAGAUUUUCAUUCAUUAGUUCUGAACAUGUUUUUGUAAUUGUAUCCUAUGACUUAUAGCCUUAGAUUAACAAAAAAUGUCACCGCCAGUUUUCUUGGUAUAAAUUAUUCUGUUUGAACAGCAGUGUGUAUUUGCAGCCACAGAAGCAUUGUAAAUACAAAGUGGUUGCAUCAAGACGGAGGUUUUGAAGUCUUAAUUCACAUUCAGUUACCCGGUAUUAACAGAAUGUUCACGUCUGUGUUUUGUGUCUGUUUCAACACUUUUAAUAAACAUUCAUAUGCUAAAUAAAA